ACCUCGGCCUGGGGACCCCGUCUUGGGGACCUCGGCCUGGGGACCCUCUGCCUGGGGACCUCGUCCUGGGGACCCCGUCUUGGGGACGUCGGCCUGGGGACCUCGGCCUGGGCACCUGCCCGCCCCCCCAGCGAUAUCGGAAACGCCCUCCCGGAGCCGGCCUGCGCCCCCGCGGCUGACCCCAGCCGGGCCUCUGGGCCCCCUGCCCUCCCUCUGUCCAGACCCUCUGACCACGUUGGGGCCCCGAGUCGUCCUGCCGCUGCGGGGAUGAGGAACUGGAUGGCUUCUACAGGGAGCCAGUCCUCUGAUUUAGACGACAUUUUUGGAUUCUUCAGUGAUGGCGCACCCCCCACCAAAAAGCCCAGGAAGCUGCUCCCCAGCUUGAAAACCAAGAAGCCACGGGAACUGGUGCUGGUGAUCGGGACGGGCAUUAGCGCUGCCGUGGCGCCGCAGGUCCCCGCCUUGAAGUCCUGGAAGGGGCUGAUCCAGGCCUUACUGGACGCUGCCAUCGAUUUUGACCUUCUGGAAGAUGAGGAGAGCAAGAAGUUUCAGAAGUGUCUCCACGAAGACAAGAACCUCAUCCACGUGGCCCACGACCUCAUCCAGAAGCUGUCCCCCCGUACCAGCAAUGUGCGCUCCACCUUCUUCAAGGACUGUUUGUAUGAAGUGUUCGACGACUUGGGGUCAAAGAUGGAAGAUUCUGGAAAGCAGCUGCUUCAGUCAGUCCUUCACCUGAUGGAGGACGGGGCCCUGGUGCUGACCACGAACUUCGACAACCUCUUGGAGCUGUAUGCAGCCCACCAGGGAAAGCAGCUCGAGUCGCUGGACCUCACCGAUGAGAAGAAGGUCCUGGAGUGGGCUCAGGAGAAGCGGAAGCUGAGUGUGCUGCACAUCCACGGGGUCUACACCAACCCAAGUGGCAUCGUCCUGCACCCGGCCGGGUACCAGAAUGUCCUCCGGAACACCGAAGUCAUGAGGGAGAUCCAGAAACUCUACGAAAACAAGUCGUUCCUGUUCCUGGGCUGCGGCUGGACCGUGGACGACACCACGUUCCAGGCCCUCUUUCUGGAGGCCGUCAAGCAUAAAUCUGACCUGGAGCAUUUCAUGCUGGUUCGCAGAGGGGACGCAGAUGAGUUCAAGAAGCUUCGAGAAAACAUGCUGGACAAGGGGAUUAAGGUCAUCUCCUAUGGAAAUGACUAUGCUGACCUUCCGGAGUAUUUCAAGCGGCUGACCUGUGAGAUCUCCACCAGGGGCCGAUCAGGCUUCUGCAGGCCGCGGCCUACACCUCCAUGGAGAAGGCAGACCACCGCACCCGUAAAGCUCUCCCGCCUCAUUGGCUGUCCGCGGAAUGCUGUGAGAUGUUAGAUCCGAAAAUACAGAAGAAUGGAGGCACGUGAUCGGGCUAGACUGAGGGGAAGUGGGUACUCGGGUGUCGAUGGACAGGGGGCUUAGUCCAGCUGUCGUAAAGGGAAGGUCGAAACGGGUCUCAGCCUGAGAACGCUGAAAGGGAGAACGUCUUGAACAUGUAUCAAACGGGACCGCCGCCCUACAAAUCCCACUGGUAGUUUGUCCUAGAAGCUGCUCCCAGGGAGACCGUGGGAUGCAGUAGUCCCGGGUGCACCGAGAUGUACAUGUGUGUGCCUGCUGUGUCAUACAGGGUGGCACACGACUGGGAGGACCCGAGAUGUCGGGGUUGGGGGUGUCUGGAUAUGGGGAACCGCAGCGGCGCCGUGAGAGGGGACGGACUCCCCACCACAGGUCGGCCGAGGCUUGGUGAGGAAAGGGAAGGAAGGUGGCUCCCACUGCAUGCCUGCAGAGCUGCAGCUGUGUGCGUGUGCAGACGUGCGCUUGCGGCGUCUGCCGGCACGCACUGAAAGGCAGUGCUGCUGCCCAGCCCCGAGCCCGCGCUGUGCCUGGCGUGGGCGGGACUCCCUCCUACGUACAGAAGUUAGGUCUGCAGAGGUUCUUGGGCUUUAGGACGUGUUCCUGGAAACCCACGUCAUGGAGGAAAGAAAAUCCUGUUACAGUUCAUCACCUCGGAAAGUCACCUCGGUCUGUUCUGGUGAACCGUGUCCCUGUGCGUUUUCCGUAGCUGUGACCGAGUGCAUGUCGUUGGGUCCUUCUGUCCCCAUCUUCAUGGUGCAGUGUGGCACCGGGGCUGCCCAACUGCCGCCCUUCCUCCAGUUUUCCAUGCCCCAGGGUACCCACGUGGACCCCACUCGUGGCUGCUUGGGAUCUGGCAUAGCCCUUGCCCAUGGCACCGUGGGGCCGGCCGACUUGGGGAUUUUUUUCGUUUUCUAGAGGGCGCGUGUGCUUGCCAGA